UUGUCCAUCUUCCACUCCCACCAUUGUCUUUGGUUUCGUCUUACUCUCUACCUCUAAAACCCUAAAUCAUUUUACUUCCACCAUGUCUCUCACUCACCUCCUCCGCCGUAUCUGUACCACCACCACCACUUCUCGUAGCCCUCUUUCGAUCUCGUUCCUCCACCAACGAAUCCACAACAUCUCACUUUCCCCGGAAAAUGAAGAUCCGCAGACGAACACUGGUUAUAAUCAGGUUUCAGAGACAAACCCAAACUCUAAUCCAAUUCCAGCCAAUGAUCCUUCUCAAUUCCAGAUUCCUCAGAAUCAUAUACCUCCGAUUCCCUAUCCACCGAUCCCGCAGCGCACCAUGUCCUUCUCGUCAGCCGAAGAAGCCGCAGCUGAACGCCGCCGCCGCAAACGUCGUCUCCGAAUUGAACCUCCUCUUCACGCUCUCCGACGAGAUCCUUCGGCUCCUCAUCCAAAACGUGAUCCAAACGCGCCACGGCUUCCGGACUCAACCUCCGCACUCGUCGGCCAAAGGCUUAACCUUCACAACAGAGUCCAGUCGCUGAUCAGAGCAUCGGAUCUCGACGCUGCGUCACGCCUUGCUCGCCAGUCUGUGUUUUCGAAUACGCGACCCACCGUGUUCACCUGUAACGCUAUCAUAGCCGCUAUGUAUCGAGCCAAGCGUUAUAGUGAUUCGAUUUCUCUGUUUCAGUACUUCUUCAAGCAGUCUAACAUCGUUCCCAAUGUAGUCUCUUACAAUCAGAUCAUCAACGCUCAUUGUGACGAAGGGCAUGUGGAUGAAGCUCUUGAAGUUUACCGCCACAUAUUGGCUAAUGCUCCUUUUGCUCCAUCCUCAGUUACUUAUAGACAUUUGACCAAAGGUUUGGUUCAAGCUGGAAGGAUUGGAGAUGCUGCGAGUUUAUUACGGGAGAUGUUGAGUAAAGGUCAAGCUGCGGAUUCGAUGGUGUACAGCAAUCUGAUCAAGGGGUAUUUGGAACUUGGUGAUUUAGAUAAGGCUAAUGAGUUCUUUGAUGAAUUGAAGUCUAAGUGUACUGUUUAUGAUGGGAUUGUGAAUGCGACCUUUAUGGAGUACUGGUUCGAGAAAGGAAAUGAUAAGGAAGCCAUGGAGUCCUACAUGUCUUUGUUAGAUAAGAAAUUUAGAAUGCAUCCGCCAACUGGGAAUGUUCUUUUGGAAGUUUUUCUUAAGUAUGGUAAGAAGGCAGAAGCUUGGGCUUUAUUCAAUGAGAUGCUGGAUAAUCACACUCCUCCGAAUAUCCUUUCCGUGAAUUCGGAGACGGUUUGUUUAAUGGUCAAUGAAUGUUUCAAGAUGGGAGAGUUUAGCGAAGCGAUUAAUACAUUCAAGAAGGUCGGAAGUAAGCCCACCUCCAAACCGUUUGUGAUGGAUUAUGUUGGUUACUGUAACAUAGUCACGAGAUUCUGUGAACAAGGGAUGUUAACAGAGGCUGAAAAGUUCUUUGCUGAAGGCGUGUCUAAAUCUUUGCCUGCUGAUGCUCCAAGCCAUAGAGCAAUGAUCGAUGCUUAUCUCAAGGCAGAGAGAAUCGACGAUGCUCUCCAGAUGUUGAACAGGAUGGUGGAUGUGAAUCUAAGGGUGGUUGCUGAUUUUGGUACGAGGGUCUUUGGUGAGCUGAUUAAGAAUGGUAAGUUCACGGAAUCUGCUGAAGUUUUGACUAAGAUGGGAGAGAAGGAACCGAAACCAGAUCCUUCGAUUUAUGAUGUUGUGGUUAGAGGGCUUUGUGAUGGUGGUGCACUUGACGAAGCCAAGGACAUUAUUGGUCAGAUGGUUGGACAUAAUGUUGGGGUUACUCCGGUGCUGCGGGAAUUCAUCAUCGAGGUUUUUGAAAAAGCGGGACGUCGUGAGGAGAUUGAGAAAACCUUAAAUUCGGUUGCCCGGCCUGUUAGAAACUUUGGGAAAAUUGAUAACACUCCACCUAGUGUAACCGGCGUGUUUGGAACCACACUUGCAGCUCCCCAGCAGCCUAGAGACAGGACCUCAUGGCCGAGCCAAGGGACGGGGCUGCCAAAUUCAGGUUGGGGCAAUGGAACUGCAGGUCAAACAGCAGGAGGAACUUACAAGGCUAAUAAUGGCCAGAAUCCGUCGUGGUCCAACACUUCAGUUAACCAGCAGCAGCAAUCGUGGUCUAAUCAGACAGGAGGGCAACAGCCACAAUCAUGGUCGAGUCAGGCACCAGGAUAUCAACAGCAGCAGUCUUGGUCUCAGCAUCAGGGUUGGUCAAGUCCUUCAGGUCAACAGCAUCUAGGGGCUAAUCAGACGCCUGGCCAGCAGCAACAGUGGGGUAAUCAUAACACUGGUCAUCAGCAAUCGUGGGCUAACCAGCAGCAACCAGGGGCCAAUCAGAAUAGUGGUCAUCAGCAAUCAUGGCCUAAUCAAACUCCUACCCAGCAGCAAUCAUGGCCUAAUCAAACUCCUACCCAGCAGCAACCAUGGGCUAAUCAGACUACCAGCCAGCAGCAACGGUGGGGCAAUCAGACAACCAGUCAGCAGCAGCAGUGGCCUAAUCAGACAGCUGGCCAGCAGUCAGCGUGGACAGGGCAGCAACAGUGGUCUGAUCAGACAGCUAGCCAUCAACAGUCACAGUGGUCAAAUCCUGCACCAGGACAGGUGGCUAAUCAGAGAUCGUGGUCAAACUCUGUGGGCAGUCAUCUCCCUCAACAACAGGUGUCAGGGUCCUCCCAUGAGUUGCAAGACAGAGAUGAAAAGAAGGUAGCGGAGUUGGGGAAUUAGUUUGACGCAUCUUCUACUGAACCAUCAUUCUCCUCAUAGUUAAUUUGCCUUUUGCUUUGUGGUCGCAAUUUUUGCAAACUUAUUAUUUAAGGUUCAACAUCAUAAUCUAAUACGUUUUUCUUGAUC